AUAACUGAAUAUUUUCAGUAGGGUAUAUUAUUUUAGCACAAAAACGAGAGUAACCAUCAAUAUUAGAUGACAGAAGCGUUCCUAUCAAACUUAGACAAUCUUCUUUCUGAAUUUUACAGUACAUCGUCUGAUAAUGCUAGAAAAUCUCAAAUCGAGCAAGAUUUACAAAACCUGAAGAAUGCAGACAACUGUUGGGAAUGCUGCAUAAAGCUACUACAACAGUCGCAGUCACAAUAUUCUCAAUGGUGGGCACUAUCUACUUUGGAGGAUUAUGUGGCUAGAAAGUGGACAAUUAUAUCUGAAAAUGACGGUAACAACCUAAGAGAAUUCUUAUACCAAGGUGCCUUGAGACAAAACCAAAUACAAUUCAUCACUAUCAAGUAUAUCAAAGUGUUUGUUAACAUCGGGAUACGGCAAUGGAAAACGAACCCGGUUUUCUUCGAGAAAAUCAUGCAGCUUGUAACGAGCAGUACAGUGUCCAGUGCACAAUGCAGCACCUCACCCUCCUAUAUCGGGGUCUCCAUGUUGAUGGUCCUCUCGGAGGAACAAAACCGAACCCGCAUCGACAUGCCCUCGGAGCUAUUCGCUGCCAGCAAACAAAAACUAAACGAGCACAUUCCUGCCAUUCUGUCAACGCUUACGAGUCUUCUAGAAAAACUAAUACAGGAAGAAAGAAACAAUUCAGUGAUGUGUAGUUGUGUGCUCCAGUGUUUAUCUCAUCUUCUAUCCUGGAUAUCUCUGACAGAAAUACUAAAUCCUGGACUGAUAAACACGAUAUUUUCCUUUGCUCGCCAAGGUAUAAAGGGUGACUCUGAGCUUGGGACACAUGCAAUGAGCUGUAUCAACGAGAUUGUGGGCAGGAAUCUAGUUCCGGUACAGAUGGAAGAGUUUAUAUUGCAGCUGUUCCAGCAGACUCUUCAGUUGCUGACUACGGUUACUGAGGGCAAUGUGGAUUCUAUUGAGGCAGGCUACCACAAGAAACUGAUAGAGUUCCUGAACCUGUUCACCAGUGGUCACUUACGUCGAGUUGAAUCUAACUCUUCCUUCCCUGUCCUGGAGUUUCUUUCCUUGCUCUUCAAGUUUACGGACAGUCAGACUGACCCUGACAUGUUUAGCGGAACUAUAGAUGUGUGUAGUUCAUGGGUUGACUUCUUGCUGUCCGUUCAGGGCUCUUUGUCGCCAGACGGCACUGUUCCGAGAUACGGUGAAGCACUGACGACCUUGGCCCGUAUGAUUUUAUCUAAAGUUCGGUUUCAAACUAACAACUCCAUGCUGGAAGAUGUGGACGAUACUUUAGAUUCUAGCGAGUUAAAGGAGAUUGUACACACUGAAUGGGACUUGUUCCUUGGAAAACUGACCCAACUUCUUAGCAAGAUAAUAGACCUGCACCCAGUACACAUCUCAAGUAUUAUAAUAGCUCUGUGUAACGAGCACUGUGAGGGUCUGUAUCAGCUACAAGCUAAUAUCGUACUGGGAGAUGAAGGUGCAUCAGUACAGAACAUAGACAGUGAAGUGCUGUCAAAGCAUUUACGAGACAUAGCAACUGUGCUACAUUUGACACAGCUCACACUACCUUCCCUAGUCGGAGAUCACUUUAGCACCCACCAAGACACCACUCAAGGAAUACUUUAUCAUUGCAUCAAGUGCAUGCAGAUCACUUCCAAUUUGAGGAGCAAGUGUUCGGACGUGAACUGGCCGGUGUAUCGGGGACACUCCCAGAUCCUGGAGAGUAGUGUCUGUGUGCUCAGCACGUUCUCGCAAUGGUUUCUACAAUUCGGCGCUAAAAACAGCAACUCCGAUCUCUACUCGAGCAUGAUAACGUCUGUUCUGGAUACGGUCCUCCCCUCUUUUGAACAUCAGGGAGAAGGACGUGUUCAGCAGUGUGUGGUGGACCUCCUCUACAAGGUGGUCGUAGUGUGCCGUCCUCAGUUCAUCCUCUCCAUUCCCUCUGUUCAGGCUCUGUUUGGGGGCUGUAUCGCCGGGAGGUAUGCUUCCUACUCUCGCUCCUCUCUCACCACUCUCCACAAGGCGUUAACGUUAGCUAUAGUGCUACCUUACCAGCAAGGAGCAGACCAAAAGUGGCCUACCCGUGACCAACACUUUGAGCAAUUUAUUAACGGCAUGUUUGGCCGACUCCUGCAAAUAAACGCGAGCGACGUGAACUCGAGUGCGGCACUUGAACACCACACCCCAGCUUUAACAUUCUACCUCUCAUCGCUCUCCGACAUAGUGAGUUGUGUAGCACACAGAGAAUCCAAAUCAAAACAAAUAGUGUGUCGAGCCAUCCUUCCUGUCGCUCGACAUCUUGUCAUCUUGUUGCCUCACUUUGAGAAAAACUCCAGGAUUUUCGAGCAUGUGCUAAGUUUCACGACCGUGCUCUGCGACGCCCUCCGUGUUCAGCUGGGACCUCAAUUUUUGCUGGAGUUGGUGGGGUUGUGUCUGUCGAACUUUACAAAAAGUAAAGGAAGCAAUAGCGAGGUUGCUAAAACUACCGUCGAGAAAUUUAUUGAACUUUUGACAAAUGUUGUCAGAGAACCGAGCUCCAUUUUCAAAGGUUUCACCCCCGACAUUAUCAACAUGGCUCUUAAAGAUAUUCGAGAAUAUGUGGAGAAAAGUGGAUCGUUAAGCUGCCCUUACUACCUGCUGCUUCACUCUUUACUCGAUUUUAACUGGAGCUAUUUCUACCCUCGGAACGCGCCAGAUCGCGAACACUGUUUGAAUCAGGAAAGUUUUAUUGCAAUUUUACAAGUCUUUGGAUCUUCUCUCCUAAAGUCAGACUUUAACGUUAUAAAGCAGAAUGUGAUCGCCCUGACCGAUCUAAAUGACAAACACGAAUUGUUCACCAAGCAGACUUUUAUCGGUCAUCUCAAAGGAAAUUUUAUAGCUGUUCUUUUAAAUCUUCUGUUCUCUGGCUCGAUGCCAAUCAUUGACGAGGAACUUGAAGACACGUUAUACCAACUGGCGAGCAGUCAUUUGGAACCAAACCGGGGAGCUUUUUACGUGAACAGUCUUACCAAAUACCUGGCGUCAACUUUACCACCCAACAUUUUGCCGAAUCUUUUAGCGAAAGUGGAGGUGCCGUCUAAUGCAGCGUCUUUUAAAAUCAAUCUAAAAUGUCUUGUCAAUGAGGUUAAAUUUUAUGUUAAUUGUGGGGUCUAACAUUUUACAUGUGCUUUUUCUAUGUGCUGCCUUGUUUAUGAAUAAAUAUCUCACUCUCGGUGUGAUAUUGUAGGUGGUUAAAUUUUUAUAAUAAUAGGAGGAUUUUAUUUUCUUUUACCACAUUUUUAUUGUCAUUCUUCGCUCUUGUAUAUAGAUAUAUAUUGAUUAUAACUUAGCGUGUUAAGUAAAGAUUAUCAUUUGUAAUUUUUUCGACACUAGUUGAAGAUUAAAAAGGGGAGACAAAAAAAUUUGUGAAAAAUAUUGAAUAAACAGGUCUUCACAAUGCCAUCUGUAGUUAACUGACUUAAAUUGGUAGGCUAGUGGAGGAAACAGUGUCAAAACAGAAAAUGGAACAUUUUGGUGAUUUUCCAAUUUGUAAUGCUUUUUCCUGGAAUCUAACUUGCAGUAC